CCUGGCUGACAAAACCGGAGACAGACGCCGAGCGGCCGUCCUACUGUCAUCCUGUGGUGCGAGGAUCUACGCUCAGAUCUUGCUGCCGUCGCUGGAUCACAGGGCCCCUUGCAGCUUAAUUAAGACUUCUGGAGGUCCCUGGACCCAUGUUGGAAAACAGAAACCAGCAAGUAGCAGAUUUGUCAGCAAAGCAGCCCCAAAGACCCAAGUGGAGUUUGACUACGAUGGUCCCUCCAUGAAAACUUCAGUUCCUGGGCCACGAUCACAAGAGCUGACAAAACAACUGGGAGAAAUCCAGAAUGUUGGUGCAAUCAACUUCUUCUGUAACUAUGAGGAGAGCAGGGGGAACUACCUGGUGGAUGUGGAUGGCAACCGCAUGCUGGAUAUCUACACUCAGAUCUCCUCCAUCCCAAUUGGCUACAACCACCCUGCUCUCCUCAAACUGAUGGCCAAUCCCAACAAUCUGAGUACAUUUGUGAACCGACCUGCCCUGGGAAUCCUGCCGCCUGAGAACUUUCCAGAUAAACUCACUGAAAGUCUUCUCUCAGUGGCUCCCAGUGGAAUGACUCGUGUUCAGACCAUGGCCUGUGGCUCUUGCUCCAAUGAGAAUGCCUACAAAGCAAUGUUUAUCUGGUACAGGAACAAGGAGCGAGGCCACAACACACCAUCUGAUGAAGACCUCAGCACCUGUAUGAUAAACCAGGCCCCAGGUUGUCCAGACCUCAGUAUUUUAUCUUUCAUGGGAGGUUUCCACGGAAGAACCAUGGGUUGCUUGGCGACAACACACUCAAAAGCAAUCCACAAGCUUGAUGUCCCAUCCUUUGAUUGGCCCAUUGCCCCAUUCCCCAGACUGCAGUACCCACUGGAGGAGUUUACCAGAGAGAAUGCACAGGAAGAGGCUCGCUGUCUGGAGGAGGUGGAGGAUCUGAUUGUGAAGUGGCGGCAGAAGGGGAAUCCUGUGGCAGGGAUUGUAAUUGAACCAAUCCAGGCGGAAGGUGGAGAUAACCACGCCUCCCCAAACUUCUUCAGAAGCCUCCGCAACAUUGCACGCAAGUUCCUAACUACACCCUGCUCCCGACCUGCCAGUGGGCUUGGUAGUACAGCACCAGAGACCAGAAACCUGAAUGAUUUACAAGCCAUGAACAUGGUCAGUCGUGUUCAUGGUGUCCUCCUGGGAGGGUGUGGGGAUCGGUCAAUCCGGUUCCGUCCAGCACUGGUUUUCAAGGAGUACCAUGCUCACAUCUUCCUCAACAUGUUCAAUGACGUGUUGGCCCAGCACAAAUAA